AUGGUCCCUGAAUCAACUUUUAACGAAAUUCCUUGUUACGAUACAUUACUCGAAAGGAAAAAAGCAAUGAUCAAUUUUGAAUACAAACAAGAGGAUGGAUUUGCAGCAAUUUCAUUUGAGAAUAAUUUGAAAUUGUUGUUGAAAGAUCAAGCAAUCACAAAACACAUGUGCUUAACACGAAAAGAAUAUUUUGAAAAAAAGAAUAUACAAAAGAAAGAAAAUCAACCUUACUUUUCAAAAAUAUUUGGUGAAUACCUUGCUAAAUGCCCUGAAGAUGCAUUUCCAUUUCUAGUUUUAGAAUAUUUUGAUGAUUUUGCUAAAUUCAGAACAAAAACCAAGUCAACAUGCGCCUCCUAUUUCACAAGUUACAAUUUUGAUUCAGAUUUCAUGUCAAGUUUAAGCGCAAUUCGUGUAAACGGUUUUUCAUGGAGUAAUGAAGGAUUUUGGAAAAUGACUGAUUCAAUUAUUCAAGAUUUUGAAAAUCAUGAUGGUAAAAUCAUUACAGUGAAACAUCCAACUACAGGAGAAGAUAUUAAGCUAUUCAUUUGCUGUAUGGGAUUUUUAUUAGAUACACCUGAAAGAUUGAAAUGUUUAGCACUUAUGAAAAAUGAAUGUUCCAGAUGUUUAGAUGCGUCAGACAACCUUGACAAAACACCAACAGAUUUAAUGGGUGCAUCCGCGUUUAAUCCAACAUGUGUACACACAUUUAAAAGGAGAGAACAUUCAGAAAUGAAAGAUAUUGUUGAGAAAUUAUCAGAAUUACCUAAAAUUGCAGAUUCUAAACAAAAUAGAAUUGCAAGGAAAGGUGUAAAAGAACAAACUUGGGAAGAGGAGAGAUUCAAAAGUAAGCAAAUGUCAACAAACAAAAGAAAACAAUUGAUGAAUCAAUUAAUUGUCAAAACAUUCAUCAAAUCAAGAUUUGUUACUCAAAUAAUGAUAGAUCCGUAUCGUAGAUCUGUAGUUGAUUUCUUUCAUUUAGAAAUUCAAGGAUUAUUUCGAAAACAUCUCAAAUUACUUGUACAAGCAUUAGAAUAUGCGACUGCUAUGGAUGAUUUAAUUGAAAUAUCAACAAAGUAUACUCUUCCAAAUGGAAAAAAGCUUGAAUUAAGAAUGGAUAUUGACACUCUUUCAGGUAUUUCAAUGUUAGAUUUUAUUAUUAUGAGUGCUCCUAUUAUUUGUGAAUUAAUUUACAAUAAUAAUCAAAAGUUGAAAAUAGAUUCUUCUAAAAAAGGAUUACUCUAUCAAGGAUGGAUUCUUCACUUACAAUAUUUUAUAAGGUUAUUAAGGGGGAAUUAUACUCAUGAUGAUAUUGUGUAUUGUGAAAAAGUAUUUACAAAAUUUCAAUCCAUUUUUACAUAUUGUUUUGGCAAAGAUAAUUGCCAAUUUCCGAAUUAUCAUUGGGCAACGCACAUUUUUGAAGAUUGUGUACUUUUUGGGGAUGUUACAUGGUUUUGGGCGUUGAUUUUUGAAUUGAAACAUUCUGAAUUCAAACAAUUUAAUGAUAGAAGUAAUAACAAAUUACUUGAAGUUAGAGGGUUGCAACAUGAAGUUGGAAUGAAUACAUUAUUUGCAGAUUAUCCAUUUACAAGACGAUUAGUUGGUAAAACACUUGAUGUUGCUAGAAAAUCAUCACUUAAGGUUGGAAUGUAUAUUCAAUUCGAUAGAUUUAUUGGGAAGAUAUCUCAAUUAGGGGAUAAUGUUGUUUGUUGUGAUGAAAUUUUUACGCUUGGAGAGUUGUGUUAUGUAUCAUUAAUGUACAAACUAUUCAUUCACUCAGUUGCCACUUCAGUAAUUCCUCUUUCAAAGAUUAAUAGCGUGUGCAGUGUAAUCAGAUUUCCAGGUCUUAUUGCUCUCAAUCAAUUUUCAUUCUGUAUGAAUUAUUACCAAUAA